CAGGACCCGGCACGCGCACCACGGCUGCUCCGCAAACCAAGACUUUGUCCCGUCAGACUCGUUCGGGAUAGGGCACUGGUCAUUACCUGAAGGAUCCACAUGAGUCCCACAACCUCUUAAGCAAAUACCCGAUGGUCAGGCAUUUGAGUCGUCAAAAUGCUGCGGCAGAGGCGAAUGCUUUGGGAGAUCCGGUCUGCACUGGUUGUGGCAAUGCUAAAACGUGUUCUGGUCGUUGGUGACUUGCCCCUCUCCAGCAUCUUAUCUCAGAUGACUCCUUGUUCCGUCUCACCUCCGAGUCGUGUUGACAGAGUACGUAUCGGUAGUAAGAGAAGUCCCGAUCAUAGUGGGACUUCUCGCACGUGGAGCCGCCGGGGGUCCUCUCCACGCCUGACUCCAAUGCGGAACAGAAAUUUUCGCCAUGCCUUUUUCGUGAUGCGCGAGGGUCAUGAGGCCAUACUGUCCUGGACUGGCAGGGUCAUGGACCACAGUCAGAUCGAUUUCGUCUGAACAUGCGCAGUCGUGGCCUGUUGGCCGAUUGCGCUCAAACAUUGUUUCAAGAUGAUCUUUG